AUGAUCUCCGGCUGCUCAUGGAUGAAAAAAACUAAAAAUCGACAUUUUGUCUCCUCAGGAACAACAGCUUCAGGAAGAAAAGUAGUGCUUUCAAGCAUAUGGGAGAUGACAUUAUCUGAACGACAGAAUGCUGCGAUGUUACUCGAAAAUACAACAGUACGCCCAUUUGUUUACUGCCGGUAUUUUUUUAAAUGUUUUUUCUGCUCUGAGCAGUUUUCAGAAAUACAUGCUCUUUUAAACCAUACUACUAUGCACGAAAUGCCCGGCUAUGAUAAAAUCCUACAAGAUCUUUUGCCUAAAGGAAAGCGCACCAUCAAAAUCGAUAUAUCUAAUCUUAAAUGUAAAAUAUGCAAAGAAAGUUUAUCGGACAUAGAUCAGAUAAGAAAACACUUAGUGAAAGAACACGAGAAAGAAUUCACGCAAUCUGGAAAUGGAAUGAUUGUCUACAAUUUGAGUCUAAGAAAUGGCCAAUUUUCGUGUCAUAUUUGUAGCAAAAUGUUUCAAACGUUCAUACUGUUAAAUCGUCAUAUGAACGUUCAUUUCAAUAACGCCGUUUGCGAGAUAUGUGGCGCUGGAUUUAUGUCCCACCAAAGACUGAUUCAACACAAGGAAAUUCAUUCCCCAGGAGGCUAUCCUUGCCGCAAAUGUGGCAAAGUGUAUACAACUCGGUCUAAUUUAAAAUAUCAUAUAGAGAAAUCUCACGAAGGAGCCACCAAAAUGAGAAUGCUUCGAUGCCCGCAUUGUCCAGAAAGAUUUACUGAGCACUUUAGGAAACUUAAGCAUCUGAAGGAAGUCCACGAAAUAACCUUCACAUAUGAGUGUGAUGUGUGCAAUUCAAAAUUUCCAAGCAGAAGGGCUCUUACCACACAUACAAACAAAUUCCACACUCAAAAGACCUUCUGUGGAAUUUGUAGGAAGAGUUUUAGUUGUGUGACUACCUUGAAGAAACAUAUGCUUGGACAUUCUGGUCGAAAAGAUUUUACUUGUGGUCUCUGUGCCAAGUCUUACGGGCAACAGAAAAGCUUGAAUAGGCAUAUGACAAUGCACAUAAACGAGUGUAAUAAGCUGGCAUGCUGCGGCAAUGGCUUUCAAAAUCGAAAUGAUUUUAACCUCCAUGUGAAAGAGUGGCAUCCGAAUAUUUUUUGCAAUUUUCCAUUUAAU